CAUUGUGGCUUUUUAUCCUGCACUUCCUCUCCUGGAAAUGUAACGGUAAACGAACCGGCCCUAACGUUCCUCCUUUCUGCAUUAAACAACUAAUAACACCACUUUAUCACAACUUCUCCACUUUGGUAUGAAGUUGAGGGGAGCAACAGUAGGAGAAACGGGAGAGUGAGCAGCAUGAGGAGUAGCUCUAGUAGCAACUCCGCGAUUAAUAAUGAGAGAGCAAUCGGAUACUGUCCACGCGGAUAUUCGCAUUUUGAUCGCAUCGAUGCUAGGCAAGGCAACUAUGUAUCCAAUCAAAUUUGAUCUAUCAACCCGUCCCUCACACCUACACAAGCAUCUAUCAUCACGAGAGGUGCGGUCAGUACGUAACCGACCUGGUAUACCGCUCCGUACCAUAUCACCUUUUGUCCUUGCUCUCCCCGAACCCUGUCUGUCCCUCCUCGCCUCCACUCCUUCUUCGUAUCUCUCGAUGUUGCAGUUUCUUCCCUUGACCCUAGCUGGUCUCAGCCUCCACGCGUGUGAGCCCUGGUGUCUUUGUAUUGGACACCGGCAUCUCGAUGGGUCUUCCACCAAGACCACUCACACACUUUCAUAUUCGCUCAGAAGCGGCAAAGACCACACCAACAAGUCGCUCGUGCCUACGUCGAAUACCUUUGAUCCGCUAUUGUCCGCAUCGUAGUCAGGGCUACGAUGCAUGGUUCACCAUGGGCCGGACCCUUCCUAGACAGGGUUCCUCAGGACGUUCGCCGUUGGAAGAGGGGGGAUGAAAGAACAAGGACUCUUCUCCUCUCACGUAUAUAAAUGGUGGCCCUCGGCCUCUUCGUCGGGUUGGACGAGCAGCAGCACGUUCCGAUCUCA